AUGAAUAAUUCUUUACCAUUCAACAAAUAUGCAUUUUUGACAACACAUAAUGCAUUUGCCAUUGAAGGGGAACCAUCUCACACAGGUGUGCCUAGAUUUACAGUCAACAACCAAGAACACAGCAUCACUCAACAGCUAAAUAAUGGAGUUCGUGCACUUAUGUUAGAUACAUAUGAUUUUGAUGGAGAUGUAUGGCUAUGUCAUUCGUUUAAAGGUCAGUGUCAUGAUGUUACAGCAUUUGAACCGGCUAUUGAUACGUUGAAGGAAAUUGAGGCAUUUUUAUCGGCGAAUACAAAUGAAAUUGUGACAAUUAUAUUGGAAGAUUAUGUUGAAUCUCCAAAUGGUUUGACAAAGGUUUUCAGUGAUGCUGGUCUUAAGAAGUAUUGGUUUCCAUUGGCUAGCAUGCCAAAAAAUGGUGAAAAUUGGCCAUUAGUUAGUGAUUUGGUUGCUAAAAACCAAAGGUUAGUAGUGUUUACUUCUAAAAAGGGUAAGGAGCAAAGUGAAGGCAUUGCUUACCAAUGGAAUUACAUGGUUGAAAAUCAAUCUGCUUUUGUCUCCUUUUUGCUUAUUUCUCAUGGUUACUGUAUAAUGUGCGAGCACCUUUCUUUAAAUGAACGUCGUUCCACUGCCGCACUUGCAUGUGUCUUUUACUUGACUCUAGUUGGUUACAAGGCUUCUGUUCCAUACUUCACAGUGCUUCUGCUUCUAAAUUAUUUUAUUUCAUUCUAUGUAAUAUUCCACCAUAUAUCCCAAAACCUACUAGUGUUGCGAGAACAGUUGAGCAUUAUUGAAAAUGAGGAUGUUCGAGCAAUGCAUGAUGCUGUGUAUAAAAAGUACAUAAUGUUCAAGUAA